UGGGAUCGCCCGCCACUCCACCCAGGUUUUUCGCGGUUUGGGUUUGAAUGCCUGGCAGUUUUUGCCUUCUUCCUCCCUAAGACAAUCUUCAUGAACCGGAUAAAAAGAAAAUUAAAAGAACUUCACAGUAUAACUGAAGCUUAUGUUCCAGAAAGACUGUCUCAGAAAAACUUGGAGGACGAUGAUCUGCAAGGAAUUCAUUUACGCGGAUACCAGCUGGACGGAGUGAAGUGGAUGAAGCGUUGUUUUGAAUGCGAGCAUGGUUGUAUUCUCGGAGAUGAAAUGGGUCUUGGAAAAACUAUACAGACAAUUGCUCUCUUGGCUAAUUUUCAAGGAUUGAAGAACUGCCAAGGUCCUUUUCUUAUAGUCUGUCCAUUGUCAGUUUUACAAAACUGGCAAAAUGAAUUUUCAAGAUUUUCAAGAAAACAGAAUGUACUAAACUUCACUGGUGAUAAAGAUGAGAGGGAGGAACUGAAAGACUGCAUAAGGAAGCUUGUUAAGUCUCAGAAUGUGGGAUAUAAAAAUGCAUCUCUUUCAUUCAGUGUCCUUCUAACAACAUAUGAGAUGUGUUUACGGGAAACAUCUUUUCUCUCCAAAUUUCAAUGGAAAGCAAUGAUUGUAGAUGAGGCUCACAGGUUAAAAAAUUCUAAGAGUGCCCUUUAUCAAGAGUUGUCCCAGUUUGAUAAAGACUUUGUGGUAUUACUAACAGGAACACCAAUCCAGAACAACUUAAAAGAACUAUAUUCUCUACUCUCAUUUGUGAGUCCAGACAUAUUUUCCCUCAAUGCUGCAGAAGAAUUUGUGGAAUGUUACACCAAUAUUGACGACUCAGAACAAAAUGCAGAGUUGCAAAAUCUCUUGUCUCCAUUUCUGUUACGUCGUGUGAAAUCAGAGGUAAUGGCUCAUUUACCCCAAAAAACUGAGGUGCUUCUCUAUACCGGGAUGUCAGAUAUACAGAAAAAAUAUUACAAGGCCAUCCUCAUGAAAGAUUUGGAUGCCUUCAAUUCCCCUGGUGGUUCUAUGAAGACAAGACUUAUGAACAUUUUGAUGCAGCUCAGAAAAUGUGUGAAUCAUCCAUAUUUGUUUGAUGGAGUGGAACCUGAGCCAUUUGAGCUUGGUGAACAUCUUAUUGAUGCAAGCGGUAAACUGCAAGUUAUCGAUCAGUUGCUGGUUUUCCUCAAAGCAAGGGGUCACAAGGUUUUGAUGUUCUCGCAAAUGGCGAGAAUGCUGGACAUUAUUCAAGACUAUCUCGGCUACAGAGGGUAUUCCUACGAACGGUUGGAUGGUUCUGUCAGGGGGGAGGAGCGCUAUCUGGCAAUUCAAAAUUUCAACGAAACUGAAGAAACCUUUAUAUUCCUCUUGAGUACACGGGCAGGUGGUCAGGGAUUAAACCUCAUGUCAGCGGACACAGUGAUAUUUGUAGACAACGAUUUCAACCCACAGAAUGACUUGCAGGCGGCCGCGAGGGCUCAUCGUAUAGGACAGACAAGGCCGGUGAAAGUGAUUCGUCUUGUCGCUAGAAGUACAGUGGAAGAAAUUGUGUUGAAAAGAGCAGAUGACAAGUUAAAGCUUACAAAUACAGUGAUCGAAGGAGGAAAGUUUUCGGGUAGUUUGUCAGCUGCUAAUCAGGUUGCCGAGACCCCAGCUCAGCUUACAGACUUACUCAAGUUUGGAUUGGACAAGUUAUUUGACUCGGAUGAACGGAUUCUUGGCGGAAGCUGUAACAAUGAGUGGAUUGUGGAGGAAACGGGAAACGAGACGGAUAACGAUGGUGACAUCAUAGCUUCAUGUAUGGAGACAGAUGAUGACGAAAAGGUGGAGGCCUGGGGGUCUGCAGCUCAAUAUGUCGAUCUUCCUGUUAGAAAACGUAAAGUUCUUACACCAGAAGAACAGGAAGAGCGAAGGAGAAAGAGAGAAGAAAACGCCGCAAAGAGGGCUAGACUAAAGGAGGAGGAAGAGUCGAGAAAAGAAAGAGAACGACAAAGAAAACUGGAGAAGCUUUGGAGAGAUGCCAGUUACACAAGCCAUAACAUUGCUUUGGACAGCGACGAGGAAGAUGAUGAUGAAAGCGACGAGUCAUUUGACGAAGAAGACGAAAAUAAACAAAGAGAGAUCCAAUACGUGCGUGGUGACGUCACGCAUCCCAUCAACACUCGCGGCUCUGAUGCGAUCAUAGUACAUUGUGUAGAUGACACAGGGAGGUGGGGACAGGGAGGAUUGUUCUCUGCUAUAUCCCGGCGUUCAUUGCUACCGGAAACUCAAUAUGAGCUGGCCAGUCGAAUGAGAGACCUGAAGUUAGGAGACGCGCAUCUUGUGCGAGUGGAUGACCAAAAAAGUCGUAAGGAUGGCCAUGAUUAUGUCGCAUUGAUUGUGGCCCAGUCACGUGACAGGCAGAACAGACUGUCUGGGAUAAUACUGACGUCACUAAGUCUGGGAUUGCAAAGGAUUGCUGUAGCGGCCAAGAAAAUGAAAGCCACUGUUCACCUUCCACGAAUUGGCCACAACACACCGAGCUUUAACUGGUACGGCACGGAGAGACUGGUGCGGAAACUUCUUGUUUCCAGAGGAAUUGAAACAUCCAUAUAUUACUUUGCUAGACGCCAAUCAAACACAACCAAACUACAUCUGCCGCUUCCUGUAAACGAUGAUUCACAAUCAAAAAGGAGUGCAAAGUUGAGAGACAAGAGCAAAACAACGAAAAAAGACGCUUCGUCCAACGAUGAACACAAUAAGAGCGGGUCCCACACACUCCCAGAUUUCAUGUUUGGUGUAAACGCCUUGUUUUAUAAUGUUGAAGAGGAGAAAAGAAAGCGACUGACGCGGUAUUUGCUGGCCUACAACGGAGACGUCGCGCAGAUUCCCUCCCAAGAUGUC